AUGAUAAAUCUUUAUAUUUAACAGUUUGUGUAAAAGAAUGUCCAAUAUAAGAGAAUGAAAAUGAAGUAGAUGGUUUAAAGAAAUAAAUAUAUAUUAGAGCUGCUUGAGUUAUAAUGUAUGCCAAAUCAAUUAAUUAAAACUUGCUAAAAUAAUCAAUUAAUUGGUGAUAAAGACUUUAGUUUGA